UACUUGUUAGUACUCUGGUAAUUGUUCAGCGUCAUUGUCACAGCAAUGUGUUUUGUUGUGACUGAAUACAGUACUUUGCACAACUUGGUUAGAACACUGUAUUGCUACAUGUACCCUAAACCCCAUGUAGAUGGAUGGAGUUGUGUUUUCCCUCCUCAGAUUCAGACCCUCUAGGAGAGAGAGACCCCCGUAAACACCGGCAGAGCAGAGCCCUGUGCCAGCGACGCACUCAAAUGCUCCUGAACCUCACCACAGAAAAGGGCCAACAGCAAAUACCAUUGCCACCUGGUGAGGGAAGAGUGAGGCGCAGCUUGCGCAACCUGCCCAUCAUCAACCCAGCGAGACUGCGGACAGGCGAAGUACUGGUGGACAAAGCUGUAAAGAUGCGUAAGGUGUUCUCCAUACAGGGUCCAUACCCUGUGAUUCGGGCUGCCCUGAGGGCGAGGGGAUGGGUAGAGCGUUGUCUACCACGUCCAAACCAGUACUGGAGCAGUCGCCGUGGAGAUGAGGAGGAUGACGCUGACGACUAG